UCAUUUAAAUUUUAUACUUUUUAUUUGGCGUGAAGAAAUAAAACACAUACGGCUACAUGUAACUCGUUUAAGCGAGCUUCUCAGUUCAAUAUAUACAUAUAUAUAUAUGCAUACGGAAUACGUGUUAUUACCACAAAAUAAAAACGAGUUUUGUCUGCCAGCACCUAGGCAAGUUUGUGUGAAAAGUUCCAAAGCAGAAAAUUAAGCUAAAAUGGUUGAUAAAUUUAUCAGCAUGUGGAAAGUGCGCGAAUUGGCGGACAAAGUCACCAAUGUCGUAAUGAACUACACAGAAAUUGAGGGCAAGGUGCGCGAAGCGACCAACGAUGAUCCUUGGGGUCCAACCGGUCCACUCAUGCAAGAGCUGGCGCAUGCCACAUUCUCCUAUGAGACGUUUCCAGAGGUCAUGUCCAUGCUUUGGAAACGCAUGCUGCAGGACAAUAAGACCAACUGGCGGCGGACCUAUAAAAGUCUGCUGCUGCUAAACUAUUUGGUGCGAAAUGGGUCGGAGCGUGUGGUUACUUCGUCGCGGGAGCACAUCUACGAUCUGCGCUCCUUAGAGAAUUACACGUUUACGGACGAAGGCGGCAAGGAUCAGGGUAUUAAUGUUAGGCAUAAGGUACGAGAGCUUAUAGACUUUAUUCAGGACGAUGAUCGUUUGCGCGAGGAACGCAAGAAAGCCAAAAAGAAUAAGGACAAGUACAUUGGCAUGAGCAGCGAUGCAAUGGGCGGCUCUCGUAGCGGCGGCUACAGCGGUUACAGUGGUGGCGGUGGUGGUGGCAGUAGCUACAACGAUGGCGACUGGCGCAACAAUCGUGGCGACAAUUGGUAUUCCGACAAAAGCUCCGCAGACCGUUACGAAGACGAGGAUACUCAUUACGAUGGCGAGCGUGAGGGUUCCGACAGUGACUCACCAAGUCCCAGACGCAACUAUCGUUACAAUGAUCGUGCUAGUCCCGCUGAGGUGGCCACUGAGAGCAAACCGCCAAGCCUGAAUAUGAACAUACGCUCAAAGGCAGUCAGCUCGCCGGUGUCCAAGCAGCCGACACCAACAGGCAGCUCAACCUCAACCAAGAUGCCGCCAACGCAAAAGAAAAUUAAUUUGGGUGCUGCUGCUAACUUUGGUAAGACGCCAAACGCGGCCGGCAUUCAUUCGCCCACGCAUCGCGACACGCCCACCGGCAACAGUGUUGAUCUAAUGGGCGGCGUUUCGCCUAACAACAACAGCAACAACAACAAGAGCAAUACACCCAGCAACAACAAUGAUUUGCUGGAUGAUCUUUUCAAAACGUGUGCUCCGGCAACACCACAGCAGGAGAGCGAAAAGACGCUUAAUAGCGCAGCAGUUAUUGUCGAUGACGACGAUGAUUUCAAUCCACGUGCUGCAGACGCUGCCCCAACGCAAGAGUUUGGUGAUUUUGCUGCUGCUUUUGGCGGCGGCUCAGCACCACCAUCGACUGGCAUAUUACCGGCGACCGGCAACGAUGAAUUUGCGGACUUUGCUGCAUUCCAGGGCUCAAGUACGGCGGCGGUGUCAUCAUCUUCGGCAUUGGAUGGCCAGCUGCUGACGACGGCGACGCCAGCCAAUGAUGCCUUCGAUUUGUUCAAUGCCACAACGCUAGCAGCGCCAGCGGCACCAACAACAGCCACUGAUCUGCUGGCCGGAUUGGGUGAUUUAUCGAUCCAUCAGAGCAUGCCAAUGGCUGUUGAAAUGCCGCGGCAAGUCUUGAAGACGCCGCCGUUACCGCUACCGCCACCGUCCGAAUCGAUACAUCUGGCUCUAAACGAGGCCAUUGCGGAAUUGCGAUCGCUAAGCAGCGUUCAGAGCGCCGCAGAUGUCAGCUUUGUGGCAGCCACACUGCGUCAACUGCAUAGCGUUGGUGCCUUGCCUGGAUAUACAACGCCAGAGCAACUCGUGGAUCUAGAUUGCCCGACGGUUGAUUGGUCCCAGCUGGCCAGUGACGAGUAUGCCGCUCUGCUGGCCCAGCUGGCCAGGCUGUUCACACCGGAUUGGCCGGAGCCCGAGGCAGAUGGGGAUAUCUUAAAUAUGUUCAAAUUGGAUCACAGCUCGGGCUAUGUGCAAGUGGCAUUUGAGACGCUAUUAAAGCAGCUGGAACGUGUGCCCAGCAGGGCGAGCUGUCUGCUCGCCGCCCUGCUCCAAGAUGAGCGUCUGCUGGCCAUCUGUCUGCUGCACUUGGCACGCCAGCGUGGAGCGCUAAUGCAACGUUUUGCGCGCACCAUUAAGUUGAUGCCAGAGCCACGGCUGGAACAGCACGACGAGCAAAUAAUGCAGUUCAUUCAGCUCCUAAUGGGUCUGCCCAGUCUCGUGGCCAAUAAGCUGGGACGUCAGAUGCCGGCGAUAUUUGCGGCCAGCGCCUAUGGGCGCCUGUUGUUGCGUCAGUGGUUGAAAGCUGUCCACUUUGUGCUGCAGUGCGAGGAUAAUACAGGACAUUUCGAUCUAAGCCCGUUUAGCUGGCUGCUAUCACGUGUCCUCGCCAACUUUCACGAUGCUUCCAAUGUGGAGUGUCUGUUGCGAGUGCUCGAGGACUUAGCGAUUGCACCCAAGCCACGCAACGUGGUGCAGCAAAUCUUGCGUGAACUGGAGCCAACGGCGUGUUUUAAAUUGGCACAGAGCGCACUCAGCAUCCAGCUUAAUCUAUACGUGCUGCUGGGAACAAUUGCUUUGGAGUCGCCCCAUUGGCAGCAUUGUUUGCUGCAGAAGCUGCCGCUGCAGCGUACGCCCAUCGAAAAUGGAGCACUUUGCUCGCUUGUGGGUUAUCUAAAUGUCGUUGCGCCCACACAGCUGCAGUUGCUCUUCACGCAGCUGCUGGGCAUUUGGUCCAGUCGCAUCUCACUACAAAAGCUGAGCAGCCAGGAGCAUGUGGCGAUCAGCAAGAUGCUUGUGCUUACCGGCAAAUACGGUGGCAUGUUGCAGGCGGGGCACAAAUGUCAGCUGCACGAUGGACUCAGUCACCAUCUGCAGUCGCCUGACAUGGUGCAGCGCUAUGUGGGCAUGAAGACCGUAGAGCUGCUCUAUAAUUGCAUAUUGGAUCCGAACGCCAAGAACGAGGAUUAUUUGCAUUUUAAUUACGUAUCCAUGGAGCAGACGCCACAUUGGCACAUUCUCGAGGAGCUCGAGAAUCUUGUGCUUCCCAGCAAGGAACAAUUGGAUGCGCAACCCAGUUGCGAGUUGAUGCAACGCCUCGAGCUGCACAUGGCUCAGUUUAUGGGCGAGCAGGUGCAGCAGGUGCAGUCAAACUCACCACAGACGCAGCCAGCAGCGACAACAACAACAACAACUGCUGCAAUCAUGCAGCUGGACUUGGACUCGGAUGAUGAUGAGACACCAGCACAGAUAGUCGACGAGGACGAUGACUUACAGCCAUAUGACAUGUCCAAUGAUAUUUCCAGCAGCCUGGAACAGCGACCCAAGUUCAUACUUGACUUGCUGCAUCUGUUGCGCACCAAAGUGGCAAACUGUGAGAUCUUUGAGAGUGCACUGAGCACUGCCGAGCAACUGAUACGCAGUCAGCUGGCACAGCAAGAUGUGAAGCUGGCCCAGGAGCUGAUGCAGCUGUUUAUAACACUCGAGAUGCAGUACUACUUUGAGAACUUUGAGAUCACCCAGUUCCAGUGUUGUGUGGCCAUUUGCGUAGCCCAACCGGCCGCCUGUGCGGAGUUGCUGUGUCGUGAAUUCCACACGGACAACACACGGUAUGCGUCCAAAGUGCGCAUCCUCAUACUACAGGUGCUGGCUGCCGCGGCCAAGGAGCUGGCCGGUGAUCAGCACCAGCCGUCACCAACUAAUGCGGAAAUCUUGGAUAUUGUGCCAACAGCUGCCAAACAGCGACGCAAGUUCAUGUUGCACCCCGACGAAGAUGCAGCCGCAGCGCGCCUGCUUGCCGCACAGCGAAUCAUACGCGAAAGAUUGCGCAGCAAGACAAGACGCUUUCUAAGCAAGCACAAAAUACCAGAGGCUCAGGCGAAAAUGAAUCCCUUCCAUGCCGUGGCCGGAACAUUUUUCUUUGGCCUGGUGCGCGGUCAGCGGACACGUCAAAUGCUUUACGUAAAGUACGAUAACAUUUCGCAUGACAUUGAGACAUUGCUGCUGAUCAACAUGCUGCACACAUUGGCCGUGUUGGUUAUGUGCGCCCAAAACUGUCCCCUGCUGCCGGCCAUGACCCGUGAGAUCUUCGAUCUGUGCGCCUUUGUGCGCUUCAGCGCCGAGGCACGAGUACGUGCGGCGACACUGCAACUGCUGGGCACUGCGCUGGUCACCAUGCCCGCCCACCUGCUGGCUGCCCAUUCUGCCGAAUCACUCAACGAACUGAGACGUUGGCUGGAGGAGUUUGUGCGCUCACCGCUCGUCGGUGGUGAAUCAUCGGACGAGUGCCGAGAGCUCGCCGAACAGAUUUUAGGCACAUGCUAUAAACUAUAUGAUACGGCCGUUCUCGAACAGAGCCAACAGUACUAAGCUUUAGAUAUAAAUAUAUAUAUAUAUACUAUAUGUAGUUAUAAUAUAUGCCCUAAUGAACACAAAUCUUCAAUUUUGUCAUCUCUGCUUCUCCACAAAAAUAUGCAUAGCGUAUAUUUUAGAUACGACAC